GAGCCUUAAUCACAGUUUCUAUCAGUGGCAGCCCCGAUGUAAACCUGACAGAAUAGCUUGUGUCAUGUCAGGAUUGUUGAGUUAAUAUCAUCACUGUUUACUCACUUCUGUGAGUAACUGACGGCGCUAGGCUAGAUCUAGCUAGCCUAACCUGCUAGGCUAACUAGACCUACAGCAACAACGCAGUAAAAGGACAAAACGAGUCUGGAUUCAAUUAUCAUGUCAGCAAUCAAGAUUGCCCUGCAGCAAAGCCAGAAGAAGGGCAAAAGGAAAACCUCUGAAGAAAUGUCUGGAGACGUGUCGCCAGACUCCAAGUGUCCCAUCUGCUUGGACAUGUUUAACAACAUUUCUUACCUGGACAUCUGCCUGCACAAGUUCUGUUUCCGCUGUAUUCAUGAGUGGUCCAAAAACAAAGCCGAGUGCCCUCUGUGCAAACAGCCAUUUAAUUCAAUCUAUCACACUAUAAAAUCAGAGCAAGACUUUAAGAAGUAUGACCUGCAGCCGCCGGUGGAAAAUACCGCUUUUGGAACUUUUGGGGGGGUGCGGUUUAGAUACCGCACAACUCUUACUGGAGUCCAUCGUCAGAUGCGGGGAAGGACCUCUCCUCCUCCAGAUAAUGGAGUAAUGUUUGAAGCCUCAGCAAACGCCCCCCAACAGCCGCAGGACCGUUACAUCCGGCGGAUGAUGAUAAGGCUGGCAGCCAAGAGGAGAGCUGCAAGUGAAGGCAGGGCAGUUAACAAUGUCAGAGAGCAGGAAAUGGUAAACUUCAGGAGAGAACUGUACCGACGGGGGGUGAGGGUCCGGAAUGUCCGGGAUGGCGGCCGCUCCCGAGACGUCUCAGCUGAGUUCUUCCGAAGAAAUCCUGCUUGCCUGCAUAGACUGAUCCCCUGGCUCAAAAGAGAACUUGUUGUGCUGUAUGGGGCCCACGGUUCUUUGGUAAACAUAGUUCAGCACAUCAUCAUGUCACGCAUUACACGUUAUGAUAUGGAGGAGGGAGCUAUUCAGGAAGAGCUCCGGCCGUUCCUCCAGGGGCGGACGGAGCACCUUCUGCAUGAGUUCAUCAGCUUUGCAAAGUCCCCCUUCAAUAUGGAGGCCUAUGACCAGCAUGCUGUCUACGACUGCCCGGCCCCUUCCUCAAAUGAAGACAGCAGCUCCAAUUCGUCUGUAAUAGCUAUCUCAGAGGACGAGGAACACUCGGUGGAUUUGGACCCUCCAGGAGACUCCACGUCUACUCUGAGCCACUCUCUGUGGGAUGAUGAGACGCCCGGGCCAUCGUAUUCUACGACAGCAGAGCAGAGCAGGGCAGAGUGUCUGUCAGUCGUCGACUCAGACUCAGACAGCAGUUUAGAGGAGGAGACACGUGAGUUUGGGGCCUCUCCACAGCACAAGAGUCCUCAUAACCAAACAGACGCGACUCAGGGUGACGUUAACAAUGAAGAGUGUCAGUCUUAUGACAGCGAAGAUUGUGUCAUUAUAAGUGUUGUUAAGGCAACAGCUGAGAGGACUCCUGAGUUGGUUCAGCUGUCCUCUGACACUGAUGAGUCCGCCGAUGAAGAUGUCAAAGCAGUGCCUCUUCUACCUCAACACAUCCGCUUCUCCAGUCUCAGUCCUACGGCUUCACAGAGUAGGGAUCCAAGUGAUGCUGGACAGAAUGUAGAAACGAACCACUAUCAUCAGUUGGAUUCAAAAGAAAGAUGUAGCUCUUCAACAUCUAGCAGAUACAAGACAUCCAGUAAGUCAGACAGAAAAGAUGGAUCUAGGGAGAAGCACUUGUCAAAGGACAGAGAGCACAGGAGAAAGAGGAGGUCAGGAAGUGCAGAGCGCAGGCACUCUAACAGGAGCCCGGUGGUCUCCCACAGCAAAGUCAGCACUAUAUCCAGAGAAAAAGGCUAUUUUUACUCCAGUGGCAGAGACUACUCAAAAUGUGGGAGGGACAGUGAUCACAGCUAUCAGUCAUAUAGGCAUUACAGCCAAGAGAGAAAUGAUGGUGGGAUACAUUACACAGAGAAGCGGUCCUACUAUUAUAGUAGUCGCAAGCACUCAGAUCGGCGCUCUUGCUCCAGAAGCCCCAGCAGGGACUCUCGUAGACGGGACAGGAGGCGUUCUCGUUCUAGGACGUGUUCCAGCAGUCGCUCCCCUUCAACGAAAAAGAGAUCUCACAACAACAAGCCUGGCGGAAAGAGGAAAUACAAAACAAGACAUUUGGAGGAAGCAUCAAAAAACACACUUUCCAACUCAAACGCUGAAGGUGACACUCCUGUGUCACCAACAAAACAUAAGAAGAAGAGCAAAGAGAAGCAUCGUAAAAAAUCAAAAGACGGGUCGAGAAAAACUAGCGGGAGCCUCGACGUGGAGCUCGUCACUGAGACAAACUCUCACGAGCGAAGCAAGCGUCACCAUAAGAAAAAGAAGAAACACAAGAAGAAAAGUAAAAGGCACAAGAGUGAUGAACACACGGAGGAGCACUCACCCACUGUCAUUACCAUUGAUAGUGACAGUGAUUCUUUUGCUAAUGCCAUUGUGACCCAGGCCAGCAGCACUAACAAGGACAAUCCCAUCGACAGUACCGCAGAUGACCCGGUUGACUCCGCUCCUCCGGACUCUGUGGAGUAGUUUUAUGGAAGUUCAGAUUCCAGAUGUGUGUGGUGGGAACUGAUGGAUUCACCCUCAGCAGCUCAAUGCCUGCCAGCAGUAUUUUACAUCAAAACAAUGUACAAUAUGUUAAAGGCCAUCAGACCUUGAAGGAUAUGGUGAAUAUCCCUUUAACUGCCGCCACACGUGUUUUCUACUGCGACACCUCAUUGGACGCUGGCUCACCUGACUGUGUUAACUAACACCUAAAACAAUCCUAUUUUACGUACAAAGUGCCACUAGGAACAAGGCGGAAUGGAAAUAUAUUUGGAGUUGCACAUGCUUCUUAAGUGUCAAUUCUUAUUCAGGAAACUCAUUUUUCUUUUAACGGUUGUGUUUUAUUUCUAAUGUGCUCUCAGGGAUGAUAGUGAUUAGAGUGAUUUUACUUCUUUCAUCAUCAGUCAGCUAUAUUCUAUCUCGAGACAAAAUAAUUUCUACCUGCUGCACAUGGAGUAGUACUUAUUAUCCGCAGAUGGUGUUUGGAUUUCAGAAUGGGCUCAUUUUGUACUGAAUUUUAUUUAAAAUAAAUUGUAAUGAGCAACUGUG